AGUCUGAGCACCGGAGGGUGAAGGAUGUUCAAGUUUUACGUGCUCUUGAUUCACCUCUUUGGAGCCUAUGGUGCUCUGCUCUACGCUAACCUUGGAGACAAUGUGACUUUACCUUGUUUCUAUUCUUCCAGUGCCAAAAACCUGUGUUGGUACAAGCAGGUUGCAGGGGAACAACCUCAAAUAAUUUCCUCUUUCUACAAACAUUCAGUCACCUACAACACCUUUUACAACCAGUUUAAAGACGACAAACGAUUUUCAGUUCACACUGGAGCAGGAUUCUAUCAUCUGAACAUUUCUAAUGUCCAGGACUCAGAUUCAGCCAUGUACUACUGUGGACAAACCAGUGUAACAGUCACUGAAUUUAGCAAUGGAACAUUUUUGGCUGUCAAAGAGUCCAGCUGCAGGUCUUUCCUCCAGCAGCCACUGUCUGAGUCUGUGCAGGCAGGAGGCUCCGUGAGUCUGAACUGCACGGUGCACACUGGGACCAGUGACAGAGAACACAGCGUUUACUGGUUCAGAAAGGAUACAGGAAAGUCCCACCUGGGGAUCUUGUACGUCCACACACACAGCAGCAGUCGGUGUGUGAAGGCCGCAGGGUCUGAGUCUCCCGCACAGAGCAGGUGUGUGUACAAUUUAUGGAAAAGGAGUGUGAGCCUGUCUGAUGCUGGGACGUACUACUGCGCUGUGGCUUCGUGUGGAGAGAUACUGUUCGGGGGAGGAACGAGACUGGAGGUUGAAGAGAAACAGUACACUCUUCCUGUCUUGCUGUGGAGUGUGGUUGCAGCUCUACUCUUGUCUUCUAUCUUGAACGUCAUCCUCGUCUGUAUCCUCUGCGAAACGGCCACUAGAACAUAUCUGCAGUCCGAAGGGUCACAUUCCCAGCAGAGUGUUGCAGUAUGCGCCACUGAAACUCAGAGUGAGCAGUCUGACGCUGUGCAGUACGUAGCUGUGGACUACAGGAAGAAGCAAAGCAAGAGCAGGAAGCAGAGGAGCGAAGAGGAGGAGACGAUUUACUCUGGAGUCAGACUGACAGAGCUGGAGUGAGAAACCACGACUGCUGCUGCUUCUUUCUGACUCCUGUAACUUCAGUCAGUAUUAAUAUCUGAUAUGAGAUCAAUGGAAAUGCAUUUGAUUAUCUUUCAUCCUUUAAAGUAUAUUCUGAAAAACUGACACACUCUUUUUUUUCUGCAUUUAUUGAAUCAUAUAUAUUGUUAUUGCUUCUUAAAAGGCUCUGGUUUCUAUAGCAACAUAAAUGAUGUACGCUUGUACCUUUUUAUUCCUAAAAAGACACUGUCCUCAUCAAUGGGUUUACUGUCAUUGUUCCUGUUUUCAUCACUAUGCAUCAGUGGUUGUCAAACUGUUGAGAAAAAAGCUGACACCCCCCCGACUCCACAAUUUGUUAUCAUUUACUAACAUUGACCGGAGGAGCAACUAAUAUAAAGGACAAACUGUAUGUUGAACUUUAGUGAACUAAAGGUUAGCAUGAUAGCAUUUCUCUGCAUACAUCAUAUUCAUUUAACUAUGUCUCACUCCAUUUUCCUCUGGUCAUCCAU